GCGGCGGGGAGGCGGCGGCCCGCUUGGCCCAGGCCAGCCCGCGGCUGCGGCGGUCCGGUUCGCUGCAGGCAGCGCCGGGAGCCGGCUGCUAACAGCAUCCCGCGGCUGCCACCUCUGUCACUCUGUCCCCGGGUCAGACAUGGCCCUGGUGCGCGACGCCGAACCGGCGGCCGGGUCCUCCCGCUGGCUGCCCACGCACGUCCAGGUGACUGUGCUACGGGCUAGCGGGUUGAGGGGCAAGAGCUCAGGCGCCGGCAGCACCAGCGACGCGUACACGGUGAUCCAGGUGGGCCGCGAGAAGUACAGCACCUCGGUGGUGGAGAAGACGCAAGGCUGCCCGGAAUGGUGCGAGGAGUGCUCGUUCGAGCUGCCGCCCGGCGCCCUGGACGGCCUGCUGCGGGCACAGGAGGCAGAUGGGGCCCCUGCGCCCUGGGCCUCGGGCCCCAAUGCUGCCUGCGAGCUGGUGCUCACCACCAUGCACCGCUCGCUCAUCGGUGUGGACAAGUUUCUGGGCCGGGCCACCGUGGCUCUGGAUGAGGUCUUCCGCGCAGGCCGCGCCCAGCACACGCAGUGGUACAAGCUGCACUCCAAGCCAGGCAAGAAGGAGAAGGAGCGCGGUGAGAUCCAGGUGACCAUCCAGUUCACACGAAACAAUCUGAGUGCCAGCAUGUUCGACCUGUCCAUGAAGGACAAGCCACGGUCCCCCUUCAGCAAGCUCAAGGACAAGGUGAAGGGCAAGAAGAAGUAUGAUCUAGAAUCGGCCUCAGCUAUUCUCCCAAGCAGCGCCCUGGAGGAUCCUGAGCUGGGCAGCCUGGGCAAGAUGGGCAAAGCCAAAGGUUUCUUCCUCCGCAACAAGCUCCGCAAGUCCUCGCUCACACAAUCCAACACCUCGCUGGGCUCUGACAGCACCCUGUCCUCUACUAGCGGCAGCCUGGCCUACCAGGGCCCUGGAGCUGAGCUCCUCACCCGCUCACCAAGCCACAGCAGCUGGCUGUCCACCGAAGGGGGCAGGGACUCUACCCAGUCCCCCAAGCUGCUCACCCACAAGAGGACAUACAGUGAUGAGGCCAGCCAGCUACGGGCAGUUCCUCCCCGGGCUCUUCUGGAGCUCCAAGGCCAUCUUGAUGGUGCCUCCCGCUCUUCCCUCUGUGUCAAUGGGAGCCACGUGUACAAUGAGGAGCCUCAGCCUUCCUUACGGCACCGCAGCUCCAUCUCAGGCCCCUUUCCACCCUCGACCUCCCUACACAGUGUCCCACCUCGGCCCUCCGAGGAGGGGCCUCGGUCCUCCGAUGACUCUGGGGGCAGAGGCAGCCGUGGCCCCAGCAGCUCGGAGGCAGUGCCUGGACAGGAAGAACUGAGUGCUCAGGCCAAAGUGCUGGCCCUGGGGGCCGGUUGCUCUGGAGAGGAAGAGGGGGCCCGGCCUCCAGAGGGAAAACCAGUCCAAGUUGCGACGCCCAUGGUGGCAUCCUCUGAGGCUGUGGCCGAGAAGGAGCGGAAGCCCCGGAUGGGGCUCUUCCAUCAUCACCACCACCAUCACCAGGGGCUGAGCCGGAAUGAGCUGGGGCGCCGUGGCUCAGUUGGGGAGAAAGGGAGUCCCUCACUGGGAGCCUCCCCGCACCACCCACCCACUGGGGAGGAAAAGGCCAAGAGUAGCUGGUUUGGCCUGAGAGAAUCCAAGGAACCAACUCAGAAGCCCAGCCUGGACGUGUCUCCUCAGGUAGAAUCUGACCCAGCUGCUCCUCCUCACCCCUGCUCCCCCCAGGCUCCGGCCCCCCCCACUCCUGCUCCCGCUGCUGCUCCCAUGCUAAGCACUAACCUUUUUGCAGCCACCUCCCCUGCCGCUGCCACUGCCGCUGCUGCCACCAUUGUCCCCGAAGCCACCCCCUCUGGAUUCUUGGGGGUCACCAACCCGUUCUUCACCUCCUUGCAGAGCAACCCCUUCUUCGAGGAGCUCAAAGCCGACAUAGCACUAAAUUCUCCUUCACCUGCUCCCUCUCUCCCCAGUGCCUCGAGGGCCAGCCUGGCCCCCCUGGCCUCCCCUGGGAAAGCCCUGCCUGAGUGGGACGACACCUUCAACGUCUUUGCUGCUGGCAGGCUGCAGCCAGAGGCCAGGAGUGAGAUUCUGGCCCUGGCAGGAGUGGGGCUGGAGGAGGAUGGGCUGCAAGACCCAGGCCCUGGGACCAUGGCAGUGAGAGCGGCGGAGCCCCAGAGAGAACCUGGGGGAGAAAGAGGUGGAAGCAGCGCGCGGCCGGAGCCCAGGGUGCCUGUGGACUCGGGACCGGACCAGCCAAGCUCAAGUGUGUCUGACCCAGGACCCCUUGGGUCUUCAGGGACUGGCCCACCCUCCAGAGCAGCCCAGUUGCACCUGAGAACUUCAGCCUCAACCCCAGACCGGGAGCUUCCUGCCUCAGAAGUGGGAGCCGCGCAGAGUCCAGCAGAUAGCGGGGCAUCUCUGUUCAGUUCCCCAGAAGUACUCAGUGUGUGGGAGAGACUUCCUGGGGACCAGGAUGAGGAGGCUCCCCGAGAUGGAAGCCAGCUUUUCCAGGAGCUGAACACAGUGGAGGAUUCCUGGCCUUGGGAUGUGAUCACCAUUUCUCCUACAGCAGAGGUUGCUUCAUCCAUCAUGCAGGGAGACUCCGAUGAGGUGCCUCCUCCCAAGGCGCAGCCUGAAUCACCAGCUGCCGUGCGCCCCAUGGAGAGCGAGGGGCACCCUGCAUGGCAGCUGGAGCCAGAGCCUGAGCAGGGAUUGGAUGAGGGGUCAUGGCCUGGCCUGCCACCUCCCAAGCCACCACGCCUCUUCACACCUACAAAUUCCCAGGUGGAGGAGGAGGAAGAAGAGGAGGACCAAGAGGAGGAAGAGAAUGCUACAGGGGGUCUGAAAAGCGGGGGGCCAGGGAUAGAAGAAGACACCACCCCAAGUGCAUUGGUUGUUGGUCCCCCAGAGUCUAAGGAGGAGGAGGUAAAUCCAGAGUUGGAGGAAUUGCACAGCCUGCCCUCUGGGACCCUGAUGGGUGAGCCAGAACUUGAAGAACUAGUAGGAGACACGGAUCCUCCUGGGUCUGGGGCCUGUCCACCCAGGCCCACCAGCUACCUUGAGGGGCCCAUCCCUAGAUCCCAUAGCUCAGCCAGCUCAACUCUGCUGAGCCAGAUGGUCUGGGGGACUUCAGAUACAGGGGAGAGCCUCGAAACCCAGAGCCAGGAGCUAGUCAAAGAGGGGUUUGGACCUCAGCAGGCUGAUCUGUGGGCCUCAGAGGAGGAGGAGGAGGAUGCCUUGAAUCCCUUCUUAUGUCAGGAGAGCCAAGAUCCCCCCAGCCUCCCAUCUAUAUCACCACCAGGGUCAAGGGGAUCCUCUGUCCACUCUGGUCCAGAAGAGUUGCCCACACCCCCAGAACCUGCCUUCCCACCUCCCCCUCUCCCACCGUGGGCCAGCCACCGCCAUGGGGUGCCAGGCCCUCCAUGCCCUCCCCUGCCUGUAGCCUGGCCCUUGACCUCUUCUUCCUCCCCUCCCGAGGAGUCAGCUUCACCCCUUGGCCCCCUUGAGCUCUCCCCCACUGGGGGCUCCCCUACACCAUGUGGGGAAGACCACGCUGCAGCCACCCCAGCCUCCCCGCUUGCGCUUCUGCCCUGGGAGACACGACCAGCUGAGGAGCCCCAGCCCAGUGGCAGUCCCCAUCCCGUGAAGCCCCUCAGCGCUGCCCCUGUGGAGGCCAGCCCCGACAGGAAACAGCCCCGCACCAGCCUGAGCUCAGCCCUGAGCAGCGGACUGGAGAAGCUCAAAACUGUCACAUCUGGCAGCAUCCAGUCUGUGGUUCCAGCAUCUCAGCUUGGCCCAACUGUGGACACCAAGAGGCUAAAGGAAUCUGCUGUGCUGGACCAGUCGGCCAAGUACUAUCACCUGACUCAUGAUGAGCUCAUUGGCCUGCUCCUGCAGCGUGAGCGCGAGCUGAGCCAGAGAGACGAGCAUGUCCAGGAGCUGGAGAGCUACAUCGACCGGCUGCUGGUGAGGAUCAUGGAGACCUCGCCCACGCUGCUGCAGAUCUCCCCUGCCCCCCACAAGUAACCCUUCCCUCCAUCCCUGGAGGGUUGCUGAGGGCCGGUGUGAUGCCCUCCACUGACUAGUCACCUGAGUAGGGCACGGCCUGCUCUCCUGGUCACCCUCUGCUCCCCUCCCCAUCCUGCCUCUGCUGGGGUUGCUGGAAGGGGCCCCUUUGAACUCCCACUAGAGCCCUGGGUCUUUCCUACCUGCCCAUUUCACACUAGUAGCUUUGGGGCCCCCCAGAGAAUUGGAAGAAGGAUGUCAGCUGUCGAGAUGGAGCAGGAGUGAGCUGUGGGUUCUGGGGUGAGCUGUGGUAUCUAGGGCAACACUGUGCCAGCACAGAUUUAAAUCACCCCAUGGGGUUGGUCGGUUGUUUCUUCUUGGCCGAUCGUGCUGGAGGUCCUCCUGGUAUUGACUGGGACUGGGAUGGGGACCAAGCUGCUUGCUUGUCUGUGCGCUGUGGACAACCAGGGCACCUACACCUCAACCUUGUGCCUGUACCCUAAGAGUAGGGAGCCUGUGUGUUUUAGUCUUGUCUCUCUUUCUGUCUGGGGCUGUGUGUGGAGCAUGUAUACAGGUUGUUGUUGUUGGUGGUGGUGGUGAUGGUGAUGGUGGUGGUGGUGAUGGUGAUGUGUGUUGUGUCUUUGUGUUCUUCAGCUGCUCCCUGCCCCUCUUCAGACCCUCCCACUCCAUGUCCCAGUGGUGAUGGGUGGUGGGGCUGGGUGUAGGGAGGAUGACUCCCUGCUCCUGAGGUUCUCCCUACCUCCCGAACACGAGACCCUCCAGGUUGGGGCUGCUCGUGUUACGGGGAUCAGGCCUCCAUGUCCGUUGUUACUACUUGUCCAGAUGCCAAAACUGUGCUGCUGUGGGGUCAGAACUUUUGGAAACCAAUUAAAACGUGCCUUUUGUGGGUGAGGACAAGAGCCUCUGGAUGUGACCACUCUGGCUGUGGGGUCCCCUCCCUCUUAUUGAGCACAUGAAAAUGGCCGUUAAGGUCCUGAAAGGGGGAUGUGGACCAGGCUUUGUGCUUCCCUAAGAAGUACCUCAGCUAAGGCUCUAGCCAACCUGCUGCCACCUCCUAAGUCUUCUUCCCACCUCCUGCUCCUUCCUUGACCCCCAUUCAGAGCAUCCUGGGAUAAAAAUCUAGUGCACAGUAAGCCUGGGGCUACCCUGCAUCUUAUUGUGUCUGGCCUUGAGUCCCAGCUGUGCUGGACCAGAGGGCGCGUCUGGGAAGUGGGAGGCUUCACUCUGCCUUAGGAGACCUGAACUUAGGAAAUGCCUGUGGCUCUCCAGCUGUUCUGUAAGCUGCUGUGCAGCCUCCCUCUUGCUCACCAACCCCUUCUGUCUUUCCUGGCCUGGCUGAAGUGCAUUUUGAAGCCAAGUAUUUACCCUGUGGUCCAGCUUCUUCUUUGCUUGUGAAUAAAGCAGGUCUCCCCAUGGCAUCUGCAGGGGUCCUUGGUGGCUGUGCAUUAGCAAAAAGUAUGUGUGAAGGAGGUGAGAUGCUGAAAAAAGAUGAUUUGGGCCGGGUGGAAAGGCAACACCUGUUUCUUCAUGGCAGGGUCAUGAGUUCACUCAGAACACCUCAGGAGGUAUGCUCUGUGGAUGUCAGUCUUCUGACAGCAUAGAGCAGACAGACCCCGCAAUGGGCCCCCACAGUACAGUUACCAACUCUAGGUCAACUCGGAAAUGAAGAAAGCAGCCACCAGUUUCCAGGUUUUUGCCCACAUGGUGGGGGGUCAUUGGGCACUGAAGUGAGUCCCUCUGCUAGGCAUGCCUCUGAGCUCAUUUGGUUCCGGCCCUGUCCCCUCGCCCUUCGCCCGUCCCUGCCAUUUUGUCUCCCUGUGUGGCCAGGGCAGGGGUGUCUCAGGAGAGGCUCUGAACUGAAGCCAGGGUUUUGCUUGUGUCUGCUCCAUACCACACAUUGCAGAGUGCGGCUGGCAGGCAGUGAGCAGGUACAGCUCUGCUCUGCCGUUGGUCUUCCUAGUUGAAACUCCUGUCUAUAAAGAGCUUGUUCUUCAUGUUUUGAGCACUUUAUGAAGAAUAAAAAGUUCGUGUACCACA